CACCCUUUCAUUCUUUCCUCCUCAUUUCCCUCCCUCCCUCCCUAGGUCAAGAGAGACACAGAAACAAUGGAGGCAGCAGCAGCUGGAGAUUUGGUAUCAUCAAGAAUUGGGCCUCGAACCAUCACCACAUCGUCCUCUUCUUCUUCAUCAUCAUCACCCGCGCCUCUUCUACCAUACAACCUUCCUCUCCUCUCUGCCUUGCUCGCCUGUGCUCUCGCUCAGUUCCUCAAGCUCUUCACCACCUGGUAUAAAGAAAAGAGAUGGGAUUCUAAAAGAAUGCUCGACUCUGGCGGAAUGCCUUCUUCACACUCUGCAACCGUUACAGCUCUAGCUGUGGCUGUAGGUUUGCAAGAAGGGACGGGAUCGCCUGCUUUUGCCAUUGUUGUUGUCUUGGCCUGUGUUGUGAUGUAUGAUGCUUCAGGGGUCAGACUUCAUGCUGGUCGGCAAGCUGAAUUGCUGAAUCAAAUAGUCUGUGAGUUUCCUCCAGAACACCCGUUAUCCAGUUCUAGACCUCUGCGCGAAUUACUUGGACAUACUCCCCUUCAGGUUGUUGCCGGAGCUAUCCUGGGAUGCAUUGUAGGCUACCUGAUGAGAAAUACUGAUUAGCACAACCAUCACUUAUUAUUUACAGGCCCUUAUGCGGCAAUUCCAGUAAAGAGUGGAAGAGCUGUUGUAUAUUGUAGCUCCAAAAUUGUUGGAAAACAGAUGUACAAUUGAUGCCUGGAAACUGGGAAUUUUAUUGAUUUUGUAAUAUAUGUAAAAAGACAUUCAUGGAUAAACAAUGCUUCCAGAAUGAAUUUAGUGCAGCUAUUGUAUCUGGCAUCUUUGCAAUUGAACUAUAAUGUCCAGGUGCUCAUUCUAUUGUACUCAAAUUUUAUUUUUUUUACUAGUUAUUUUGGGUUCA